CUGAGAGGAGAACAUAGUAUGAAAAGUUUAAACUCCAAGUCAAUAAAUUUUUUUCAGGCAUUAAAAAAGAACGCAUGGGAUCCUUCUGAAGAUCUCGAAGAAACCCUGAAAUUACGCUUGGACAAAGCUGACGUCAAUAUAUCCACAUAUGACAUUUCCAUAGAAGAAGAAAAGAAAAUUGUGCAAAGUUUUGAACGUUUGCGACAGCGAGUUAACGAUUGGGGACUAAUGGAAGCGCAACCAUGGUAUUAUGUAAUGAAAUCUACCACCACGCUAGCAUUCAUGUUCCUCGCCUUCUAUCUACAAUAUUGUGGAUGGUAUUUUACAUCUGCCAUUUCACUUGCCAUCUCAUGGCAACAAUUUGGAUGGUUGACGCACGAGUUUUGCCAUCAUCAACCGACCAAAAAUAGGAAACUCAACGAUAUGUUCUCAUUAGUAUUUGGAAAUCUUGCUCAAGGAUUUUCUGCUGAUUGGUGGAAGGAUAAGCACAAUACCCAUCAUGCGGCCACGAACCUCAUUGACCAUGAUGGUGAUAUCAAUCUUGCACCAUUGUUCGCUUUUAUCCCAGCGGAUCUGGCUAGGUACAAGCUGCCCAUAGAGAAAUUCUUCUUGAAGAUUGUGCCUUACCAACACUUUUACUUCACUCUAUCCUUACCACUACUUCGAUUCUCAUGGACUAGUCAAUCGUUGUUGUGGGUAUUUGCUGAGAAUUCAAGUGAAUACCGUGUAUAUCGUAGGAAUGCGCUUGCGGAGCAGGUACGGUCUGAAGAACUUUCCUAA